AGUAAAUAUUGUUCACAUGCAGUUUCCGUUUAUAUAGCCUGUUUGACGAAGAUUUGCUUUUUACCUUUGUAUGUUUUGUUGUUUUAUUUUAUAGCUAACGUUAUAUAUAUAUAUAUUAGCUAUGAGUGCUGUCAUCCCUCGGAUAGAGCAGCUGUCUGCCAGAGUUGUUCGAGUUUUGGGCUGUAACCCGGGACCGAUGACCCUGCAGGGAACCAACACAUACCUGGUCGGGACUGGCCAAAGGCGAGUGCUGAUAGACACUGGAGAACCUGCUGUGCCUGAAUACAUCAGCAGUCUGAAACAGGCACUGAGGCAGUUCAACACCAGCAUCCAGGAGAUCAUCGUCACACACUGGCAUCAUGACCACACGGGCGGAGUGGAAGACAUCUGCAGGGACAUCACUGGUUCUGAGGUACGAGUCAGCAAACUGCCUCGCUCCAGCCAAGUCAAAGAGACCGCUGGAAACACAAGCUUUACUUAUCUCAAAGAUGGAGAUGUUGUCCAGACGGAGGGGGCCACACUCAAAGUGCUGUUCACCCCAGGUCACACUGAUGACCACAUGGCCUUGCUGCUGGAGGAGGACCGGGUGCUCUUCUCUGGAGACUGCAUCCUGGGUGAAGGCACAGCCGUGUUCGAGGAUCUCUACGACUACAUGAAGUCUCUGAAGAUCCUGCUGGACUCGGAGGCUGACAUCAUCUACCCUGGUCACGGCCCUGUGGUUCAGGAUGCUGGCUCUAAGAUCAGAUACUACAUCAGCCACCGGGACCAAAGAGAGCAGCAGAUCCUGGCUGCCAUUCAGGAUGGAGCAGGGAAGCCUUUCUCCUCAAUGGAGCUCGUCAAGAUGGUCUACAAGGACACUCCUGAAUACCUGCAUCAAGCGGCUAAUAUCAACCUAAUGCAUCACUUAAAGAAACUGGAGAAAGAUGGCAAGAUCACCCUGGUGAACGAAUCUUCACAGAACAUCAAAUGGAAGAGUAACCUGUGAUGCCCACAGACAUCGUGAAGAAAUCAACUCUAAUUGACCAUUUGGCAAGGAUGAUGGAAAUCCGUCUGGUCGACAGAUAAUAUAAUAAUUUUUCAAUCGAACAUGAUCACGUUUUAGCAUAAUGUUUAGGGUCGAAUGCCUUAGAUCUGCUGAUUGACAGAUAUGUUAUUGGUGGUCACACAUGUUGCCUUGGAAGUUUCCUGACUCGGCGCAAACGGAACAAGACCAACAAUCACACUCCCGAGGACUGAGCUGCAGCCUGUGUCAAAGUCUUACAAGCAGGGUUCUAAAUUAGCUCCGUUUACCAGCCAAAUGCUGGUGAAAUAUGCAAGUGGCUGGUAGAUUUGCUUCACUCACCAGCCAAAAAAACCAAUGGUAAUCUAUUGAAUGGCUGGUAAUAUUUUAACAUUCAUUAGCCAUUUGGCUGGUAGACGAAAAUGUUAAUUUUGAAGCCUGCUUACAAGCCCAAAAUUUGGAAAUGGAAAAGUAGCCCCGUCCUACAAUGUGAUUAGUGUGCCACAGUGCUCCCAUCUGCCUGAAUUACAUUGUCUUAUUUUUCUUCUUCCUUCUACAAGGCUUUUUCCUCCCAGUUUAGUAACUUAGCCAACACUUUAGUUGACUUGAAACUAAUUUAGCGGCAAUUGCUUUCAUUAGCAGACUAACUAAGGCUGUGGCCCUAACCCUAACCAUAAGCCUAGUGGCCGGUUAGCUCACUUGGUAGAGCAGGCACACAUAUGUGGCGGUUUAUUCCUCAACGCAGAAGGGCCAGGGUUCGAGUCUGACCUGUGAUGGUUAUCUGUGUGUUUUCCCCCUCUCUCCCCCCUUUCAUGUCUGAACUGUCCUAUCAUUAAAGGCAGAAAUGGCCAUAAAUAUAAUCUUAAAAAAACAAAAACAUAAUCCUAAACAGCUAUUUGAUUGGUGAAAUGACUGAAAUUUUAUCAGUGGAGUUUGGUACACAACCCUGUCUUUUUUCCGCUUUCUUUUUUCCUCCUCUUCCUCUCCUCCAACCUCUGAUUGCAUUUGAUAUCUGUAGCCUUUUUGGACUUUGGCAACUGAUGGAUGUCUUUUACCUCAAGAAUAACAGUUUACCGGGGUAAUAGACAUAUGAAUUAAGAGGUGGUAGUUGUUAACAUUUAGUCUGCCAAACUUAAUUAACAGACCUCAGGGAAGAAGGUACAGCGGGGUGGGGUAAAGAAAGGCCACUAGGAUAAAGAAAUCCAGCUGAGUAGAGUCCAAAAAUUAAAUCCAACUGUUGACUGUGACAGAUGUCUUUACAUGAUGAUAUAUAUUUCUAUCCAGCCCACCAUUUGGAUUUAUUUUUUUCUUCUGCUGUACCCCUUCUUAAAACUUCCAUUUAAUCUAUUUUUGUCUGUUUUCAGUCUUUAUAAUUAAGCAGUUGUUGUAGAAAUGCUGCAAGUGUUGUCAUUUAGUCACUAGGGGGCAGUCUCUGCUAAUAUAUGUAGUGGGGCACGACAUGAACAGUAAAUUAGGAUAAUGUACACACAUAUUGCAACAUAUGGCAGACAUUACAACUAUUUUUUAUUUUUUUUUAAAUAAAUGUAAAGAAUGUGUGAUGGAAAAGAUUGUUGAAAAAUAUUGAAUGGCUUACAACAUUUUACAGUGAUUUGCUGUUGUAUUUCUUUCUGGUCAUGAAUGAGAAUAAUUGUGUAUUUGUGAUAAUUAUUAGAUCAUCCUGAGGGGGAUAACUCAUGGUAAUGGUUAUAUAUCAACUAUGAAACUCAUGAAUAAAAAACAGCAUUGAACAGCUGCAUAUGUUCUCUACCAAA